UGACCAACCAAGCGCGUGGAAUAUUAUUUCUUCCUUCGCGCCAUUUUGAAGUUGGUCUCCGAAUCCUUUUGUUGUGGUAUCCUGAGUUUUUAACCGUUCUGGGAGAGCUACAACACCAGUGACCAUGUCGAAUGAGGUAGAAUUCAACUCCCUUCAAGGGAAAGACGAAGUGAAAGUCAAGCUCGAACAGCCUUCUAGAGUACCCCAAAAGCCGAGCGAUGAAGAAGUGGCAAAGUACAGCAAAACACGCAUGGUCCUUGUUGUGUUUUUCGGGUUGGUGAUCCUUGCUAUGAUCGUGGCCGCUGUUGUUAUCAUUAUAGUCGCUCCUAAAUGUGCUAAGGCUAAAGUUAGAGAUAUGGAUAAAUCCUGGUUAGAAAACGAAGUCGUAUACAAAAUAUCCGCUCAACAAUUCAACAAGAAUCUUACCGGCAUAAUCGACAAACUCGGUUACCUCGAGAACCUUGGCGUGAAGGUACUAAGUAUAGGCGCUGUAUUCAGCGAAGAAGAUUUACAAGACGUAAACAAUGCUCUCGGCAAAAUGGAAGAUUUCCAAAAUCUUUUGAAAAAAGCGCACGAUAGGAAGAUGAGGGUCAUCGUAGACUUCGUCCCCAAUCACACGUCGAAGAAGAAUAAGUGGUUUGAAGAGAGCAGCGUAAACAAAACGAAUUCGAAAAGAAAUUGGUACGUCUGGAGGGAUUCAGCCAACAACUGGCCCUCGAUGAACGGCGGUAGUGCUUGGGAAAAAGACCCAAAGACCAACCAAUAUUACCUUCACCAAUUCAGUGUCGACCAGCCCGAUCUAAACUACCACGAAGAGGCCGUCGUUAAAGCGAUCAACGGGGUUGUGAAAUUUUGGAGUGAGAAAGGAGUCGAUGGUUUCAGUGUUAGCGGCAUCGAGUACCUUCUUGAGGAUAGCGACUUCAGAAACGACGGCUACACAGAGAAGUUUAAUGCCAGUCUCCCUCUGACUUACGACAUGACCAAACACAACUCCACAUAUGAUUUGGAUGGAAAUCUGAAUAUUGUCAAGACGUUCCGUGACACUCUGGAUGAGGUUGAUGGGUCUUACAGAGCUCUUGUUGUACAAGUCAGCAGUACAAAGAACAUUGCUGCGCUGUACAACAGUAGCGACCUACCUGUUGCAGCCCUCGCCAACAAAAUUGACUUGGCUGACCUCCCAGGGUCAAUUAACAAGACGGUGAUGGCAUAUCUGGCCAUGGUCCCUGCUGGUAAAUGGCCAACAUUUACUCUUGGCGAUAGCAAGAUUGAUGAUAAGAUGGUUGAUGCCAUGAAUGUUUUGCUUUUGACCCUUCCUGGUACGCCCUUGUCUACCAGUGGCCAGGAACUUGGUUUGGAGAGCAUGAAAUGGGAUGGAGAAGGUGUUAAGGAGCAAGAGAAAGGUAAUAAAUCACACUACAGUGUGUACAAGGCUGCUAGUGCACUCCGUCGCAAUGAUGCAUUCAAGAAGGUGAAAACACAGGAUAUCCAUGUCGACUCACAAGUCUACGCCUACCUCCGUGCUGACAAGUACCUAGUUGUUAUUAACUUCAGUGAUAAGGAAUGGAAUGGUGACCUUCCCAAAAUCUCAGGGCAUGGUGUGUGCAGGUUAGAUAAUAAGUUUGAGAUGGUAGAUAAAAUAGUCGACCCUAACACCAUCAAGCUACAAGGUGGCCAAGUAGUAGUUAUUGAAAUGAAAAGUGUGACGCUUAUGUAGAUGGUGUUAUGCAAAGUUAUCUGUAAUUGAUUGGCGUAAUAAGAGGAGUUAAAGAUAUGGGUAAUUAUCAUGUGGGGAUGCUAUAGACUGGCGUUGCUGAUUGCAAAUCAAUAUCCUUAGUUAACCAUGCCAUAGUUAAUCUAGUUGGUGAACAGCCAUACCAGAGAGGUCUAAUUAGCUCCUUGCAUAAAUUCAAUAUUAUUAUUUAUAUCAUGGCAAGACCUUUAUCACUCCUUAAAAAAUAGACUAAGAUAGGUUUUAUUGUUUUCGAUGUGAUAAAAUGUUUUAAAAUAAAUAUAAAUACUGUGAUUGUAAGACACAGUACAUCUUCUCAGGGUUUUAAUGUGAUGAAUUCUUGUGAUGAUUGUAAAUCCAAUAUCAAACCUGCAUUAACUUUGUAUAUAGCAUCUUAUUUGGAAGUGUUAACUUAAUCUACUUGUGUUCAUUUCUUAUUGACUGAUUGACUUGAUUGACAUUAAAAUGCUUGGUGUAUGUAAUGAAGUUCUUUUGAGUAUUUUGUAAGCUCCAAUGCAUACCUGAAAUUGAGUAAGAGUUUGAUUUCUAUGGACUGAUCAGAGUUUUUCAGUUCUGGAUUUCAAAAGUUCUAGUAUGUUCGUGUUUUAAUUUUCACAUACCUUACAAAUGAAUUGCAAUGAUUUUUCAUGAAAUUUUAUGUGAAUUUGAUUUAGAGGAUUGCAAAAUUGGAGACACAUCUGGUAAUAAGGUACAAAACUAUGUGAUCCUACAAAUAUUCUUAAAGCUCACUUCAUGAACAUACACAGAAAAUCCUGGAGUUUUGUUACAAAACACUCAAAUCAACUUCAAGUUGUUUAUUUGUAUUUACAGUAAAAUAUUCAAUAACAGUGCUAUGAAUGAUUGCAAUUUGUGACACAUGAUGUUUUCUGUGAUUACGUUUUUAUUAUAUGUUUAGUCUCAAUAAUAUACUUAGUAAUAUACAUACCAUGCCAUUCUUUAAACCUUUAUGUUGUGUUAGGGCAGUUGCUGUAUUGCUAAAUGUAUUUGCCCAAAUUGUAUCUAGUGAUCCAGUCGUGAAUGUUACAAGGUUUGAGACAAAAUACAGUAAUGUGCUGCAACACUUCUAUCUGCACUAAAUGUCCGUAGACCACUGCUAUUGGUGCCAAAUAGCUGUAUACUAACAGCUUCAUGUGUUGUAAUCAUGAUUUGGAGACUUGAUUAAAAAAUCGCAAGUA